AGAGCUUUUGGCUCAAGCCUUCAAGAGCUUGUUCGAAGCAAAAGCUUGGAAGAUACCUGGGGACACAUUGCCAUGUCCUUCGACGAUGAGAAGAGACCGCCGGUCACUUACGAAAAUGGCAAAGAGGCUGGGGUCGCGGCAGAAGAGGACAUCAGGAGAACAUCUGUGGUCACAUCGAUCAACCUGAACAGCAAUCUGGAUGCGAAGAUUUCGAACCCUCUGGCUGGCAUCCCAUAUGCUUCACUCAUGGCCGAUGUCGAGGCAUUCGCCGCCGAGAAGGGCAUGACCGACGAGCUCGACCUUUUGAAAAAGGGCGCCCUUAUUGCCCAAGACCCAGGCAACUUCGAAAAUCUUGAAGCGCUAGAUGAGCACGAGAAGGAAUUUCUGCGCUACGAAGCUGCCCACAAAUGGAGUCACCCCCUCAAACUCUACAUCACCAUUAUCGUCUGCUCAAUCGGUGCUGCCGUGCAAGGAUGGGACCAAACUGGGUCGAAUGGUGCAAACUUGAGCUUUCCUCAGGAGUUCGGCAUCGGAAAUGGCGACACCAAGGGUGCUCCAAAUCAAGUGCGCGACAGCUGGCUCGUCGGUGUCGUCAAUGCUGGACCGUAUAUUGGAUCGGCCUUCAUCGGCUGCUGGCUGUCUGAUCCCUGCAACUAUUACUUUGGACGAAGAGGCACAAUCUUCAUCUCUGCCAUUUUCUGCUUGAUCACGCCGAUUGGAGGAGCGCUCACACAGACCUGGGAAGAACUAUUCAUUACUCGAUUGCUCAUGGGCAUUGGAAUGGGUCUGAAAGGAUCCUCUGUGCCCAUCUUUGCAGCGGAGAACUCCCCAGCAAAGAUUAGAGGUGCUCUGGUUAUGUCUUGGCAAAUGUGGACGGCUUUCGGUAUCUUCCUCGGGUUUUGCGCGAACCUCGCUGUCUACCAAGUCGGAGAUAUCGCCUGGCGACUACAGAUUGGGUCCGCUUUCAUCCCAGCCGUGCCACUCGUACUUGGUAUCUACUUCUGCCCCGAAAGCCCAAGAUGGUAUAUGAAGAAGAACCGAUAUCGUAAGGCGUACGAGUCUCUUCUCAAGCUACGAUUCCAGCCUCUCCAGGCCGCGCGUGACUUGUACUAUAUCCAUGCGCAGCUGCAAAUCGAGGCAAGCAUUGUCGGCAAGAGCAAUUAUGUCACGCGCUUCGCUCAGCUCUUCACGAUUCCACGAAUUCGAAGGGCAACGCUGGCUUCAUUUACCGUCAUGAUUGCCCAGCAGAUGUGCGGAAUCAACAUCAUUGCAUUCUACUCAUCAACUGUUUUCCGCGAGGCCAAUGCUACCGAACGUGAUGCUCUGAUCGCAUCCUUCGGAUUCGGUCUAGUCAACUUCGUCUUCGCCUGGCCUGCCAUCUGGACCAUCGACACCUUCGGAAGAAGAGCACUUCUCCUUUUCACCUUCCCUCAAAUGGCCUGGACACUUCUUGCAGCAGGAUUCUGCUUCUUGAUUCCUGGAGAAGGGUCUGGUCGACUGGGGGCGAUUUCGCUCUUCAUCUACCUAUUCGCCGCCUUCUACUCUCCCGGCGAAGGACCGGUGCCAUUCACAUACAGUGCUGAAGUCUUCCCUCUCUCCCACCGAGAAGUCGGCAUGGGUUGGGCAGUCGCUACCUGUCUCUUCUGGGCCGCCGUACUUUCGAUCUCAUUCCCAGCAAUUUUAGCCGCUUUCACGCCAACCGGGGCUUUCGGUUUCUACGCAGGCCUCAAUGUCGUAGCUUUCUUCAUGAUUUUCUUAUUCGUUCCCGAGACGAAACAACGCACUCUUGAGGAACUGGAUUACAUUUUUGCUGUUCCGGGUAGUAAGUUCAUUCGAUACCAGACGACUAAGGCUGCGCCGUGGUGGUUUAAGCGAUGGGUUAUGUUCAAUAAGAGCGCUACUCUGGAGCCUCUUUACGAUUUUGACCAUUCUCUUGCGAAUUCUCAGAAGGUUGGGGUUGCUUGAGCGUGUGAGUGAGUUUAGGUGGGAGAGAGCGUUAAUGCAACGGAGAUGUGUAAUUGUCAUACCUUUGUGUAUCUAUCGCUAAGGAUAAUAUUGUAACUCAGCAUAGGAGAACGGCAUGUCGGUAUCAAUGGC